GCCCGCGGGUUGAAGAAAACGUACGCAUCGAGCGAGCCGAGUAGCGUCGCGUGUAAUCAAACAAAGAAAAGCAAGAGCAAAAAAAGAAGCAAAAAGAAUACAACCAAAAAAAAAAAAGAAAAAAGCAAAGAAAAUACAAAUUACAAAAUAGAAAAUAGAAUAUACAAAACACGAAAUACAAAUGAAAUCAAAACAAAAGCCAUCGCAAUAAUUGACUCAAGGCAAACGUUAGUAAAAAAUUGUGUUCAAAAGCGGCAACAAAAAUAUGUUUUCCCAAUUGCCACGCAAAUGAGCAAACAAAUAUUUGAUUGUUCAACGUUGCCGCUGCUGCUACUGCUGCGACCACGACUGCGACUGCGAUUACUCCUGCUGCUGCUGCAAAGCAGCGAGUCUGAGUUCCAGUCCGAGUUCGAGUUUGAGUUUGAGUUCGAGUCUGUUACUGUGCCUGUGACUGUGCCAGAGACCUUCUUCUCAUCCUCGGGAGAUUUUCAUGCAAGGCGUGUGCUGCUGCAACAUCAACAGCGACAUCAACAACAACAACAACAGCAGCAACAACAGAAACAACAGCAACAAAAUCAACGCCAGCAACAACUACAACAGCAGCAAUUGUGUGUGUGUUCCUAUAAAUAUCGACAGCCACAUUCGUAUCUUGAAACAUGUGCGCGCUCGUGUGUGAGUGUUUGUUUAAUUGAAAAGUCAUCAGCGUCGCCAUCGUCAGAAUCGAGAACAAAUUGUUGGAAAAUGCAACUCAAUGCGGCCAACGAAAUCUCAGUAAACUAAAACGUCAAGUGCUGUCCAAUUCUCGUUUUCGUAAUCGCCACAAAACACAAUCGUCGUCGCUGUCGCCAAAUCGUCUGCCUCUCUCGCUAUCUCGCUGUCUCUCCGUCUACGCCGUGUGUUUUCCUUUUCGUGUUGACCGCUUGUCAGCAGGUCUCGAAUUUCAUUUCGUUUCCGGCCCCCGUAGGUAGGUCGCCAAGUCACCCAGUCGCCUGGGUCGCCUGCUCAGUCAGUCGGUCUGUCGGUCGGUCGGUCGAUUUCUCUGUCUGUCGGUCUUGUUGUUGUUACCUUUAUUUUAGUCUUUGCGACGCGUUGUUGGUGCUGUGUCUAUUGUUGUAGUUACGCCGUUUGUCUGCUAGACAUUUGUGCGCAAAAUUGAUGUCAGCAAAUCCAUGCCAACGUUCAAGACUGCAAAAAGGAAUUGUUUAAACCCUUCGACAACAUAGUGCUGCCAGCAACAACAGAUUAAAUAAUAAUAGCCACACAAACACACUCAACACACAUCCUCGUACGUGGAACGUAGAAUUUUGCCUCAAGCAACUUGGAAUUUAGAACAUGAUCAUGGAAUUGUCAUUAAUCAGGCACUAGAUUAGCAAACCACCAACCACCAGUGACAGCCAGAGCAAUAGCCGCGGCGAGAGCAAUAAAAAGCCAGAGCAACAACAGCAAAAGCAACGGCAACAUCGAACGGCAUGUGGCAACAGCAGCACUGAAAGCGAUACUGAGAGAGAGAAGUAGCCAGUGAGCCAUUUGUGGUAGCGGUAGCAACGCCAACUGUUAAGACCUAACCCGUGAGCAGGUUGCGUGCUGCUGUAAAGCGGCACCAUUGCUGCCAUUAAAAUAGACGCCGCAGCGCAACAGCAACGCUGCCGUCGUCACAAUCAACGCCAGCGCCAACAUCAUCCACAUCAUCGCCAUCGCAGACGACGACGGCGCAUUCAAACAUUUCGCUUUGGCGUGUUGGGCGUGGACGUAGGCGUAGGCGUGGACGUGGGCGUAGGCGUGAGCGAAGGCAUUGCCAGCAAUUGCUUGACGAGAGACGACUGCAACAACAACAUCCCCAGCAACAGCAGCAUCAACAACAACAACAACAGCCACACCAACAUCAACUACAACGACGACAGCAUUGCGAUAGCAGCAAUUUCUGCAACAGCAACAACGCAACAUCCCAAAUUCGAGCAUCAACGACGACGGCGGCAUUACGACGGCCUGUCACUUAUAGGCAAUGCAACGCUCUGCGCAGCAACGGGUUGGACCUGGCCUAAGAUGGGUAGCGUGCUAUUCGCAGCUGUAUUCAUAGCAUUACACUUUGCCACCGGCGGCCUGGCCAACCCAGAUGCGAAGCGUCUGUACGACGAUCUGCUGAGCAACUACAAUCGACUCAUACGACCCGUGGGCAAUAACUCGGAUCGUCUGACGGUCAAGAUGGGACUGCGGCUGUCACAGUUAAUCGAUGUGAAUUUAAAAAAUCAAAUUAUGACAACCAAUGUGUGGGUGGAGCAGGAAUGGAACGACUACAAAUUGAAAUGGAAUCCUGACGAUUAUGGUGGUGUUGAUACACUGCAUGUGCCCUCUGAGCACAUAUGGCUGCCGGAUAUUGUGCUGUAUAACAAUGCCGAUGGCAACUAUGAAGUGACAAUAAUGACUAAAGCAAUUCUACACCACACGGGCAAAGUCGUUUGGAAGCCACCCGCCAUUUAUAAAUCGUUUUGCGAAAUUGAUGUCGAAUAUUUUCCAUUCGAUGAGCAGACAUGUUUCAUGAAGUUCGGCUCAUGGACAUACGAUGGUUACAUGGUUGACUUGCGGCAUCUGAAGCAAACUGCAGACUCGGACAACAUCGAGGUGGGCAUCGAUCUGCAGGAUUAUUAUAUAUCCGUCGAGUGGGAUAUUAUGCGAGUGCCCGCAGUGCGGAACGAAAAGUUCUACAGCUGCUGUGAAGAACCGUAUCUGGACAUUGUGUUCAAUCUGACGCUUAGGCGAAAGACACUCUUCUACACGGUCAAUCUGAUCAUACCCUGUGUGGGCAUAUCGUUCCUCUCUGUGCUUGUCUUCUAUCUGCCCAGUGAUUCCGGCGAGAAGAUCUCACUUUGUAUCAGUAUUUUGCUAUCGUUGACUGUGUUUUUUCUGCUGCUCGCCGAAAUUAUUCCGCCGACAUCGCUGACAGUGCCGCUGCUGGGGAAAUAUCUCCUCUUUACUAUGAUGCUCGUCACGCUGUCUGUUGUGGUAACCAUUGCGGUGCUCAAUGUUAACUUUAGAUCGCCAGUGACGCAUCGCAUGGCGCCUUGGGUGCAACGUGUCUUCAUACAAAUCCUGCCGAAGCUGCUCUGCAUAGAGCGGCCCAAAAAGGAGGAUCCCGAAGAGGAUCAGCCGCCCGAGGUGCUGACGGAUGUCUUUCAUUUGCCGCCGGACGUCGACAAAUUUGUCAACUACGACACAAAACGUUUCAGCGGUGACUAUGGCAUACCAGUUCUACCCGCCUCGCAUCGCUUCGACUUGGCGGCAGCGGGCGGUAUAGCCGCCCAUUGCUUUGGUGAUCCACCUCUGCCCUCCUCUCUGCCACUGCCAGGCGCUGACGAUGAUCUAUUUAGUCCAUCUGGUCUUAAUGGCGACAUCAGUCCCGGCUGUUGUCCAGCUGCCGCGGCCGCUGCAGCUGCUGCCGCCGCCGCCGAUCUCAGUCCCACAUUUGAGAGGCCCUAUGCAAGGGAAAUGGAGAAGACCAUCGAGGGCUCUCGCUUCAUAGCGCAGCAUGUGAAAAACAAAGAUAAAUUCGAAAGUGUGGAGGAAGAUUGGAAAUACGUUGCCAUGGUAUUGGAUCGUAUGUUUCUUUGGAUUUUCGCAAUCGCUUGCGUGGUCGGCACAGCGCUAAUUAUAUUGCAAGCGCCUAGUUUGUACGAUCAAUCGCAGCCGAUUGAUAUAUUAUAUUCGAAAAUUGCCAAAAAGAAAUUCGAACUGCUCAAAAUGGGCAGUGAAAACUCCUUAUAGCGACCACUUGGGUUCGCAGCGGGCUGGUGGAAUUUAAUCAUCAGCUCGUUGCGAGCCCUGUUCGCCGCCCGGGACGAUGAUCGUGGAUAAUAUACAAUGAGCAACACCAUGAGCAUAUCAUCAGCGUUAUACAACACUAACAGCAGCAGCAACAGCAUCAACAGCGAUAGUGUCAAUACUAGUAGUAUCAGUACUAAUUCCGAUAACAAUAAUGAUAACGAAGUGAUGAGCAGCUCAUGGAGCCCAUUGUAAACAUUUGCGGAGCGAAGCGAACAUUGGAAACAUUAAACAUAAAAGCAAAACAAAAACUACGAUUAAUCAAGCAAGUGCAAGUUUUGGAGCAGUUGAUCAAAAUAUGUAUGUAAAGUAAUUCAAAACAAGUACUGUAGUGCUGCAUAACGUAAAAAUAAACGUUAAUAACUGUGUCGUCAACAAAAUCAACUAAUACAUAGGUGCGACAUGGUCAAAGGCUGGCAAAACCAGUUGAAGUGGAAAGUUUAGUUAGUAAUUUUUGAUAGAUGUCUGGAUGAUUGUGUAGGUGUUGGGAUGGUUGUGCAGUGUUGCACAAUGUGGCAGCGCCAGUGUGGUAAAAAAUAGUUUUUUUGUAAGUUAUAUUGAAUUUUUGAGCGCCAAAAAGUUCCUUGUUGAUUUUAAGUUCUAAAGUUUCACAAAAUAGAACAACAACAAACACACAUAACAAAAAAUGUUUUAAAACGGCAUUUUAAAGUUAUUAACAAAAACCAAAUUGUAUUGACUGCAUGUGUUCAGUGUGUUUCAAUGUGUAUGUGAGAGUGUUACUUUGUAUGUGUGUGCGUGAAUGAAGUUAAUGUAAUCAAUUUUAAUUAUUUGUCUAUUUGUGCAUAUUUUUCUGAUUAUUUUAAGCAAACCACAAAAAAAAAACCGAAAGAAAACAAUUUGCAAAAUGCAUUGCAUAUUAUUAAAAAUAAAAAACAAACUGGUUUUAGCACUAGUUAUGCCUAAAUCAUAAGUAACUAAAUUAUAUGACAUCUAUACUUAAUUAAUACAUAAGUCUUAAUUAGUCUUAGCUAAGCUACAUACAUUUUAAGCAAAUUUAAAUAAUAUUAACAUUAACAUUAAUAUUACAAAACAAAUACCAAAAAGUUCGCCUCAAGGCAACUUGGUCAAAUGAAGCGCGAAAUUCUGAAAUAAAUUUAGUUAAAUGUUGGUAAACAAACAUCAAAUUUUUAAGCUCACACAUUUUUACUACAACAAAUACACACUCAUAUUACCAUUUGUAUAUCUAACAAGAGUAUAUAUGAAAACAUUAAUACAUAUAUAAUUACAAAAUAUUUAGAUAUUUAAAAAUCACAAAAGUCUAAACAAUUUAAUUAAGAAUACUCACAAAAUAACAGCAAACAAAAACCUUAAAAAAAAAUUCAACCAAAGGAAAUGGCUCAUUGUUAUAUUGUGCUCUAUUCGUUUAUGUAAUUUUUAACAAGUUUAUUGAAGUAUAAAACAUGAAUUCAAUUAGCACUUAUCUCUGAUCAUCUGAACAAGUUUGUCAACAAAAACUCUAUCAGUUAAAAGCCAUUAAUCAAUGCUCAAACUAAGUGAUUAUCUAUAUUGUUGAUUGCAGAGAAAGUAUUUCCUUUUCUGUGAAACUCGUUUUUAACGUGCCAAAAGACUAUUAAUCAAUAUUAUUUGACUUCUUACAGGGUAUACCCACUUCGAAAUCUUCCCCACAAAAAAGAGAACUUUGCAUAUUAGCUGUUAAAACAUACUUACAGCAUUUUAGAUGCAAUGUGCAAGUAAUGUACUUAAACAAUAAAAAUUGUUUCUUAAGGGUUUUGAGCCAUUCUUAAAAUUUGAUUAUGUUUUGAAUUGCGUGUGCCAUUCUGUUCUGACUGUUAAUUAAGCAUUUCGCAGAUCCAAAGGUUCACUUGCAGUUUGAAAACUUUUUAAUGGCCUGCAGCUGAAGAGAGAAAAGGGAAAUUGGCAUGCUGCUGGCCAUUUUAGAGGUCUGUGCUGUGGGCAGGGAAAACACCUCAAAGUUAAACGACUUGGGCUAUCUAAAUGCACCACAAGGGUUUUCUUAAAUAUUUUCAUUUAAUUGAUUUUUAAAGUUUUGCCACUGUUACAGACAAGAAAACUAAAAAAAAAAUAAUUUUAAAAAUCGCGAAUACCACAGGGUGGCUGCAAGCGCCAUAGAGUAUGUAACAAAUUAAGUGAGGAAUGCAAUUCACAUUGCGCAUGUGUUUGUAUGGGUAAGGGAGAAUGCAAAUAUGAAAGUAUGUGUGUGUGCGUGUGUGUGUAAGCAGUAAGCGAAUAAUAAACGAAAAAUAAACAUAAUUCGCACAACUUUCAUGCAAAUGCCAGAAAAGAGGAAAAACAUAAACGAAAUCUACCAAAACUAUUAGCAAGGAAUGCCGCGACAACUCUGCUCAGAGUUGUCAAGCUGUUGUGCUGUUUAUAAUUGCGAUGAUUGUUUUUGUUCUUUAUGCUGGUCCUCGGCUCUCGGAGUGCGUUUGUUUUAGCAUUUUGUAUUGGUGUGUGUGUGUGUGUGUGUGUGUGUGUGUGUGUGUGUGUGUGUGUGUGUGUGUGUGUGUGUGUGUGUGUGUGUGUGUGUGUGUGUGUGUGUGUGUGUGUGUGUGUGUGUGUGUGUGAAGUGGCAAAAGUUUAAUUAAAAUUCCAAAUCGAAAAUAUUCAGCAUUUGCGAAUCUGAAUUAAUUAAAAUAGUUUGCCGAGACAUCAAAUGCACCAGAACAAAGGCACGACAGUGUUUAAAUUAUACAGACGCAUGGAUUAUUUAUUCUGUGAGUGGUACGUAGAUGAGUUAAAAUUGUUUUGCAACUCAUUUAUCCUGUGUCUAACAAGACACUUGAAAGUUGCUGCAACUAUGUGUGUGUCAAUUGCCUCUCAUUCAACAUUUUAAUAAUUUCAUAUAUUCAGUACCAAUUUAAUUGUAUUCUAUUGUUCUGAUUUCAAUAAAUUUAAAUAGAAAUACACAGAUUUUGUUUCGAGCUAUCAUAUGCAGUUUCCAUUGUCCAGAGGCUAUUUGUUUGGAAGUGCUAAAAGGAAUCAGUGUUAAUUGCAUAAACGAAUAGCGUAGCACGCAAACAGAAUAACAAACACAAACACCCACGAAACCCACAAAAAUAAUAACAGCAAUAACGUGACAGUAACAGACACACAUUUACACAUAAAUAUAAAACAAUAUUUAAAACGAAAAAAAUAAAUAAAUAGCAGCGCCAAUCUGGUGUAUUAAAAUGUAAAGUGCAUAAAAAUCAACAGUUAACAUUUUUUAAAUAUUUAGCUAUUAAAUUAACGUAAACUAAAUGUAAAAGAAAUAUCAUAAAAAAAUUAUAAUUAAAACAAAAAAAUUGCUAAGCAUUUAAACACACGAAUACGAAUACAAAAAAACUAAUACCAAUAUGAAAACGAAAACAAAUACAACUACAUACAUACAUAUACACACACUCAACCACAGCAACAGCAACCCAUAAUAAAAUAUGAUAAUUGUAUAUUGAAUAAUUACAUCAAAUAUUAAAAGUAUUUAACUGAGCUUAUAAAAUUAAAAACAAAAAAACAAACCAAUUAAUAAAUAAAUUAAAAUGCCAACAGAAAUGAGGAAAAACUAUUUGACAACUGUCUCGACUUCCGUUAUGAAAAGCAUAUAAAUAAAAAGUCUGAAAAAUAUAUAUACACACACAUUACGAGUAUAUACUUAAAUGCAUACAUAUAUAAUAUAAAAUAAAUGCCAAACAUUCACAUACACAAAGUGUAUAUACUUAAAACACAAGCCGAUUUAACUGGUCCGAAUGAGAAACAAAAUGCAACAUCGCAAGUAAUGUGCUUGAAAUAUGCACAGAUAAAUUCUAUUGGCUAACAACAAGAUAAAUAGCAUCACAAUCAAUCAGCAACACACAGGACUAUUCUGAAUUUCAUUUUCAAAAAAGUGUUUUGUAAAUCAAUUAAAGUGAAGUAUAGCUAAUGCUUUCGAUUCAUCAUAGAUCAAGAAAAAUGCAACUGUUUCGAAAGUGAAAUUCAAAAUGACGAUGUCAAUAAGUGCGUAUAUCUUAAAUAAUAUUCCUGCGACAAUUAAAACGAGACACCCGUAACUUGUUUGUAAAUAGAACGAAACUCUUGGAAAAAAAAUAAAUUCUUAUUUUAUUACCUUUGAAUUGUAUAUGACAAUUAAUUGUAUAAAGUUAAUACACACCACAUUUACAAAAGCGUUCUUAACCCGAAUGUGUAGUGUAUAAGGCUUGCUUGCUUUGUUCCAUGUGUGCAUUUCUAAGAUAAUUUUCGACACUAUUUGGUUGCUGUGUGUUUGGCAUGGCCACCUGCCUCUGAGGUACAUCGCGAUUGGUCCUCAUGCCAAGCACAUUCUGAUUUACCUACACCUAGAACAAUUUAAUGUUUAAAUAGCAAAUGAAAGAAAACAACAUUUUAGCUAAGCAACUUUUUGUUAUAGUUUUAGACAAUCAACUUAAAACAUUAUUUAUAAAUCAAAAUGAAAAAAAAAUUAAAAAUAAAAAAAAAACAAUGACAAGUAAAUGGCGUAACUUUUCUGUGAAUAAAUUUAACUUAACGUAAAUGCAUAUUUAAAUUACAAUCGCAUCUGAAUUGUGUAUAGAAAAAAAGAACUAUUAAGUGGGCUUUAAAAAUUUGUUGAAUUUAAAGCCACAAUUAAUCGUAAAUUAAUAACAAAUUACACAAAAAAGAAAAAAAACAAGAGAAAAUAAUCGAUAGGAAGUAAAAGCAAAAUUAAAUUUCAACUACCAUUUUUGUAAAUUGUUUCACUUGGGAAAAUCGACACGCUAAAAAAACAAAACAUUAAUGAAAAACCAAAAAAAAAGAAAGAAGAAAAAAACAAAUUACAUAAAUAAAUAAUAUAACAAGAACGUACCAACUAUGCAAACUCGAAGGCAAUUCGAGGAAAAGUCAAAUACAUAGACGUGUAUAUGCUCUCAUUGGUUGUGUUUUUAGGUUAUAAUCAAACAGGCUUGUGCGUGUGUGUGCGUGUAUGUGUGUACAUGUAUGCGCAAGCACAAGCAAACAAUCGGUCAUUCAAUCAGUCAGUCAGUUAGUCAGUCGGUUAGUCGGUCAGUCGAUCAUUCAGUACAAUUCGAAUUCAUAAUUGUACAGUUCAUUUGCACAUUCAAAAUAUAACUUAUGUAUGUAAUUAAUUACGAAAAUUAAAUUAAACAAUGAACAAAAUGAACACACAUCGUGUUUAAGUGUAAAUUAUGCCAAUAAUGUCAAACAUUUUCAAUUUGCCUUUUUAAAACGCGUUUUACUUUUACGUUUUAGGUUAUAGCUAAAGGUUUAAAGGGCUUCAUGUGAAAAAAAACUAAAAACCAAAAAAAAAUAGAAACACAAAAAUUCAACAGAAAAAACCAAUUGAAAAA